CUCUCUCUCUCUCUCUCCAGUCGCUUGUCAUCAGAGGCGAUUAACGGACCCCGUUAGACCGUAUUGUUUGACAGUUUUAAGUUUAAACUUUUUGAUAGCGUAGUUUGUAAGGGUUUAGUCUAAUACUAACUCUCCGUGUCCACAUUUAGGACUCUAAACUUGCGCACUGUCUCUUUAAGAAGAUUUACCCACAGACUGUUCUUCUGUAUCUCCUGCCUGUCUCUCUGCGCGUUACUUCAUUCAUAACGGUUUAUUUAUUUAUUUAUUCACUUUGGAAACUUCAAGUGGAAGCUCAAACAUGGCAGAGGUAGGGAAAGGAGUCAACGCCGGGAAACUGGCCAGUAAUGUACAGAAGAGGAUAACCCGAGCACAAGAGAAGGUGUUGCAGAAGUUGGGAAAGGCGGAUGAAACGAAAGACACAGCAUUUGAGGAGGAAGUGGCCAAAUUCAACAAGCAGUUGGCUGAUGGCAGCAAACUGCAGAAAGACUUCAAGGCAUAUUUGGCGGCAGUCAAAACCAUGCACGAGUGUUCGAAGCGUCUGCAGGACUGUCUGGCUGAAAUGUAUGACCCUGAGUGGUUUGGCAAAGAGGAGGUGGACUCCAUCGCAGAGGAGAUGAUAGAGAAAGAAAUGGAUAAUAAUCUGGAGGACACUGACGUUCUGUGGCAAGAUUUCCACCAGAAUCUUGUGGACAAUGCCCUCAUUUCCAUGGACACAUAUUUGGCUCAAUUUCCAGACAUAAAGGCUCGCAUCGCUAAACGUGAGAGGAAGCUGGUAGAUUUUGACAGUGCCAGACAUCAUUUUGCCUCUAUACAGAAAGGCAAGAAAAAGGAUGAAGCCAAAAUUGCCAAGCCUCUGGCUCUGAUGGAGAUGGCUGCUCCCGGCUGGGCUCAGGGAAUAAUCACAGCACAUCAGAUCGCUCAAACUAACCUCUCGAGAAACCAGGCCGAGGAAGAUUUGGGCAGAGCUCAGAAGGUAUUUGAGGAGAUCAAUUAUGAACUCCAGGAGGAACUUCCCACCCUGUGGGACAGUCGUGUUGGCUUGUAUGUUAACACAUUUCAGAGCGUUGCCGGCCUGGAGGAAAAAUUUCACAGGGACAUGGGCAAACUGAACCACAAUCUGAGUGAUAUCAUGACCAAACUGGAUGAGCAGCGUCUAGCCAAAAAAGGUGUCACGACAGCAAGCACUGGGCAGAGUGAAGAAGCAGCCAAUCACAACCUCUCAGAGUCUGGGUCAGAUGCCCCUAAAUCACCAGCCAAGUCCACUGAGUCCAGAGAAAGACCGCCGGUCUCACAGUCGCCCAGGCCGACUUCAUCUCAGGAGGUGAAACAGGAUAACAUCAUUAACCUGUUUGAGGAUGCAGUGGUGCCUGACAUUAACAUUUCAACCCAGCCACAGGAGGCUUCAUGGGAUUCAUGGGAGCCUGGUCAGAGCCCUGCUGCAGACCCCUCCCAGCAGUGGGACCAGGAUGAAGAAGCUGCUGCUCAGCCUUACAGCCAGCAGACAUAUGAGUCUCCUCAAUGGGAGGAUGAGGUCACUCCUGCUGUUCAGCCGUUUCAAGCUCCCCGCUGGGAUGAGCAGGACAGCGUGUCUGCACAGUCAGGCUGGAGCAGUGAAACAGCUACACCUGCGCAGCCACACUGGGAGGGCGAUGGUGUGGAGCACUGGGGCGAGGAAGGGUCCCAGGUAGGGCAAAAGCAAGACGCAGAUACAAACUGGGGCCAUGAUACAGCUCAGGCUUGGGAGGCGGAGUCAAAGCUGCCUCAGUGGGAGGAGCUUCAAAGUAAUGAAACGCCAACAGUGACAAAUGGCUCAUCAGAUGCAGAAGUUCCUCCAUCUGUUCUCUAUAAGGUGAAAGCAUUGCAUGACUACGGAGCAACAGACAGCGAUGAGCUUGAUCUAAAGGCUGGUGACAUUGUGCUUGUGCUUCCCUUUGCCAACCCAGAUGAUCAGGAUGAUGGCUGGUUAAUGGGUGUAAAAGAGUCACACUGGCUUCAGAAUAAAAACCUCCUAGCUAAAGGAGUCUUCCCUGAAAACUUCACCCAGAAACUGUAACAGAACAGCCCUCUCAGAAUAACCUGUUCUUAACCUUUGUUUUCUCACCACUUUACUGUGAUA